CGCCUCACUUGUCCACUCUGCAGAUCCGGAUCCUCUCCUCACAGGGACCAAGUACCAGCAGAGGCCCCUGCUCUUUUUCAGCAUCCUUUACUCCGCAGACAGCAAAACUACCUUCUGCUUUUGGCACCAUUUACCUGGCGACGUCUGUGCGCACCCAAUUGCGCACAAACUUUUUUUUUUUAAAAGCAGCAUCACAGCUCGGGUUUCGUUGAGUCAGCCUGUGUCUCUCUUUAAUGUGGUAUAUGGAUUUGUAGUCUCUGGUAGAUUUUGGUUGUUAUUGUGAUCUGGAUAGAAAGAGCAGAACAGGUGCGUAAAUCGGCUGCGUUUUUUACGCGUCAGGUUGAAACAGGUGUACAGACGCGCGGUGUUUGGACAGGUGCCGGGGUCAGAAGAACUGAGUCAGAGCAGCAGCACAAAGAUAGAAAAAUAAAAGGCCAGGGGAAGAAAGUCAAAAACAACAACUAAGAGACAAACAACCCCGGGAGAACGAAAAACAGAGAGAGAGGGAGUGACUGAAAAAGAGAGAGAGAAAGGGAGGGAGAGAGAAAGAGAGAGAGAGAGACACCCCCCUGGAGACUAGCUAGGAGACCCGGCCCCCGGUCUGAGAGAAGGAGUGAGAGAGUGAGGGAGUGAGGGAGUGUUUUAAAGCCGGCAGGAGGCAUGAUGUCCUACAUUAAGCAACCCCAUUACGCCGUGAACGGGUUAACGCUGUCCGGCCCGGGCAUGGAUCUGCUCCACUCCGCCGCCGUUGGAUACCCCAGUAAGUAAAGGCCUUUGACUUGAGACUAUAUGAUUUUUUUUAGAAUAUAUUCAAAACUUUCUUUUAUUUACCUCGGCUAAAAUAAUAUUUUGUAAUUUAAAAGAAUUUUGAUUUUUAAAAAAGAUGUCUAACUCUUGCGUAUAAUAGUGCGUAAAAAUGGUCUUGACUUGUCAGUGUUGUAAAAUGUGAGCGGCUGUGCUUCACAAGUAUAAGCACAUAUCUCUGUUUUUUUUUUCAACAUGUGUUCCUAUGACCUAAAAGUUGUGCGGAUUAUAGAGUCAAAAACAAUAAAAUAGAGUGUGUGAAAGGAGACGCAGUCUGUUCACACACAGACUUAACACCAGGACAGACUCCAAGCUGUUCCCCUAUCAUCUAACCUAUUUAGAGAAAGAUGCUCAUUGUCUUUGAUUUUGAGUCGUCCUCUUCUUUUUUUCAUAAACAAACACUCCUUAUAUUGUUCAGUGUGGAUUCGUGCUCUGGUGUACAUCUGUCAGCGUAACGUGUAGAUAUUGAAUUAUAGGAUGCUACAGUUUGGCACCGAUGACAGGAGGCGUGUUACCAAGCUCGGCCUUCCAGCAGCAGAGUUUGAACAAAGAACACAAGAUAUCAAACAAAUAACGAGGAUAUUCGUUCACUUAUUUAGUAGAUUUCGUUUCACCUUUGAUUAGUAAAAAAGACAGGACCACUUUUAUCUUGAAUAAGAUAAAUUUAAAGCCAAAAAGAUUUUUUUUUUCGAUCAUGGCAUGUUUUACAAGUUGCGUAAUGACACAUGGUGCCAGUGAAAGUUAAAGAUGAGUUCAAAAUAAAUUUCUUCAGUGUUAAGUAUGAUACAUUUCUGCAGUUUAUGACAUGUAUAACCAGGUUAGAAUUUCUCGAGAUUAUCUAAGAAAGCAGGAGAAGGAAAUUAAACCAUUUUUGCUCCUUGUCUCUAUGAGCAAAUGUCGAUUUUUUUAUGGAUUUCUCUUCAAAAUCUCCGAUUGUUUUAAUUAAAUAUUAAAGCUCCAAACGAAAAGACCAAUUUGUAAACUGUUGAAAUCUCGGGAUGUUUAGAGUUAAUGUUAUACGUGUGAGACAGAAAUGAAACAAAGGUUUCUUUCAGAAACGACAUUUUGACGCACUCUAUGUGUUAAAUUUUAACACUGGUUAAAUUAAAUACUGGUAGGCUUACAAUAAAAAUGUGAUUGUUCCUACAGGUACCCCGCGUAAACAGCGCCGGGAGCGCACCACCUUUACACGCGCACAGCUGGACAUCCUCGAGGCGCUGUUUGCCAAAACCCGUUAUCCAGAUAUCUUCAUGAGGGAGGAAGUGGCCCUGAAGAUCAACCUACCGGAGUCUAGAGUGCAGGUAACAACAAACUCACAUAUUUUCUUUUUUGUUUAUUUCAAUGAAAAAUUUUAUUAGAAUACUUUGACAGCAGUGUGUAAAUGUUGCUGCAUUGACAGAGAAGUGGCAGCCUCUGUGUGUAUUAAUUAAAUAGAGUAUCAAAGCAUCUUAUCUCAUUUUAAAUCAUUUACAGCCUCAGUCUUCUUUAAAAUGACCUUAUUUAAUUGAAACACUGAUCUGAUGAUUCACCGCUCUCUCUGAUGUCCCCCAGGUCUGGUUUAAGAACCGUCGUGCAAAGUGCCGCCAGCAGCAGCAGCAGAGCACAGGCCAGUCCAAACCACGGCCCCCUAAAAAGAAGGCGUCCCCUGCUCGUGAGGCCAACACUGAGGCCAGUGCCAACCCCACCAACGGACCCUACAGUCCUCCACCCCCACCUCCAGGCACCGCCAUCACCCCCAGUUCCAGCUCAGCCAGCGCCACGGUGUCCAUCUGGAGCCCGGCCUCCAUCUCCCCUCUGCCAGACCCCUUGUCUGCCUCCACCACCCCCUGCAUGCAGCGCACUACCACCUACCCCAUGACCUACACCCAGGCCCCAGCCUACAGCCAGAGCUACGCAGGCUCGUCCUCCUACUUCACCGGCCUGGACUGUAGCUCCUACCUGUCCCCCAUGCACCCGCAGCUGUCCGGCACAGGAGGGGCCCUCAGCCCCAUCACUGCCUCCUCAAUGGGUGGGCCCCUCAGCCAGUCCCCUGCCUCGCUCUCCUCCCAGGGCUACACAGCCGCCUCUCUGGGCUUCGGAGCUGUCGACUGUCUGGACUACAAGGACCAAGCUGCCUGGAAGCUCAAUUUCAAUGCUACUGACUGUCUGGACUACAAAGACCAGAACUCCUGGAAGUUCCAGGUCUUGUAAAUACUUAAGAGAGGCAGGGUGGGAGGUGGGGGGGACAGGGGAAGGAGUGAGAAAUCAAACAGAAUCUAAGUUCAUAAACCAUGAUUGUUUUUUGGUGUGUGUUAGAGGAAGGAAGAGACUCUGGGACACAGAAAGAAACCAAUCAGAUGAUAUCAAGUUUUCACUUUUAGCUGUUUCACAGAGUAAGAGUGGACGAGAGCUGAUCUGUUGAUGCGUGGCUUGAUCAAAACAAAGAUUACUGUAGUAUUUCUAAUAUGAGCAACAUAAAAAUCAGCUAAGGAAUCACAGACCUGCACAGUGAAAGCACACAAUAUUUCAGCUUCUGAACCUCAAAAACCCAGCUUUGAUUCUCCAGCUCAGUCGAUUAGAAAUACAAAUUACUGUGAUUUAAAUACAGUUUGAUUUAUUGAUGAGUCCUGGGAGUCAGCAUGUGUGGACGGCCUGGCUCAUGCUGACUGUCUGUUCAGUAGACUUGGUUUCACAGAUUAUAUUGUGUCUCUGAUUAAUUUGAUCUCAAAGCUCCUGUGAGGAGUUUUUGGAUGUUUAUAAAAUAGACUGAAAUUAUACUGAUGCCUGUAUAUGGCAAACAAAAGCACACGAGACCAUCAGCAACAAGACGGGUGGUUUUGAUAUUGUUGUUUUAAAGGACAACAGAAGUAAAGGCUGCUUUGUCCACAGGGGGCGCCAAAAUCGACCCAAACUGAGGUUCCUCACAGGAGCUUUAAUCAGAGAGGGACUGAUCUGGUAAAGCCAAAGCACAACAGUUCAGUGACUGAAAAGUUUCCUGCAUAGACAGCCUUGAAGUCAAAGAGCCAACGCUCAUGUUUCUUCUUCCUUCUAGACUUUGUCUUGUUUUUUUUUUUGUUUGUGAAGUAUUUCUUUUAUAAAGCUGCUCUUAAUCAGUGAGCUGACUCAUAAGUCUUUGAGCCAAACAUCUCCACCAACCCAAACUGACAUCUUUACAGGGUGUGUUUACAGGACGGCUACUUCUUUUGUACAUUGUGAGAAUGUUGAGCAGACUGAAGCUGAUGACUCCCUGUAGCCUUGUAUGACACAGCUCCUCUGCAGCCUGCGUGCAAUGCAGGUGGAGGAGGUAGAGUUGGUCACUGAGGUGACUGCAGUACAAACCUGUUGCCUUUGAGCAUGGUUGAAAUCAUUAGCAGAGCGGCUCCUACAUUGUCGGUUUAAUAGGAUCACUUUCUCACAAGGGCAACAAUGGUCGCUUUGUGGCCGUUGGCAGCCAAGAACUUGCUCCCCCUGCUCCAUCUCAGUGUUUGAACGAGGGGAGCAGAGCGCUGAGGGAGUGAUUUGUAGACUUUAUCAUGUUUGCUUCGGUGAGGUGUUUGCAGGAGAGAAGACAGCACCAGAGAAAGGGAAGGGACUGGGCCGCCCUGCAGCCCCCCUUUGCACAGAGAGUUCGGUGCCUCUCUCAGCUUCGACCUGUAAAGAUGUGAUGGUUUCCACUUUCUGUGUUUGAUGUAUCUGUUAAUUUUUUUGUAUUAGAUUUAAAAAAAUAUUAUGUUUAAAAAAAUUGUGGAUUCAUUGAAGUAAAAUUGUGUUCAUUUGUUUUGAAGUUGAUAUCAGUAUUAUCAUUAAUAUUAUGUCUCCAGCUGACAUGGACGUUGCUAAUAACUUUUUUGGCGUCUCUUUUUGUAAAUAUAAAAACUUGAAAAUGCAAUCAUGUCUGGUAGCAGCAAUGAGUUGUUACACAGGCGCUCCACCUUCCUACACAAUCUCUCUUUCUUAAUUUCUAGAAAACUGCCAACUUUUUAUUUUUUUCUGUUUGUAUUUUUCUGGUUUCUGCUUCUUCUUCUUUUUUUUUCAAACUCAGGGGUUUAUCCAAUAAACGUAGCAGUAAUAGGAUGUAAUGCUGUUUAUGCUGACUGUACUUUUAUCUUUUGCAUUACUUUAAUCUUCUCUUCUUAUUUUUCUGACAUGAAUUAUUUUGUAUAUUUCAUUUGUCUGUGUCCAACCAGUCUCACCACUACCAUGCUAGAUAGCUGCAAUGUUUCUGAGACAUUAAACCACUUCAUUCAAA